GCUCAGCUACGUGCUACCCACCCACAUACAUAUACGAUCGAGGAGACCACACAUAUAAUAUAUAUGUAAUAUUGAAGGGAGACAUUUGUACUGUUCCAGUCCGGGCCGCUUGGGUUCUGAUCUUCCGAGGUGAGGGUUGUUUGAUAUUCUCUUAUCGAUCAUCAUUCAUGUUCUUCUUCUUUCCGCUUCGUGGGCAGUGCGAAUAGUUUACUUCCUCUUUAAAUAAGAAGAAGAAGAUCGAAGAAAGAAAACAGUACCAGUCUGCUGGCACCAUGGCUGUGCGAGGAGGGCUGGGGCUGUUUCUAACAUCAGCAGUAGUACUUGCCAUGACCUUCGCCGGAUUCUUCGGUGGCGUAGAUUCCUACAAUCGGCCGCCUAUGCGCAAGACCCUCGUCGUUCGUAAUCCCGCGGACGAUCUUGACGCUGUUUCUCCGCAACAGGUGCAUAUAUCUGUAGUUGGGGAAGACAAAAUGAGGAUUUCAUGGAUUACUGAAACCUCAACCCAAGCAACAGUUCAAUAUGGUACCUCUCCUGGGAAGUACGAGUUUUCUGCAGAUGGAACUACAUCUUCGUACAGUUAUUUGACGUAUGAUUCUGGGGAGAUUCAUGACACCGUAAUUGGUCCAUUGAAGCCCAAUUCUGUAUAUUACUACCGUUGUGGCAUAGAUUCCACCCGCGAGUUCAGUUUCAAAACCCCACCAGCUCAGUUCCCAGUCAAAUUCGCUGUUGUUGGCGAUCUUGGACAGACUGGGUGGACCCAAUCAACUCUCCAACACAUAGCAGAAUCGAACUACGACAUGCUGCUACUUCCAGGAGACUUAUCGUAUGCAGAUCUCAAUCAGCCUUUAUGGGAUUCAUUUGGAAGGCUUGUCGAGCCACUGGCUAGCCAGAGGCCUUGGAUGGUGACGCAAGGCAACCAUGAGAUUGAGAAGAUCCCACUCAUCCACAGCGAACCCUUCACAGCCUACAAUGCAAGAUGGCGCAUGCCAUUCGAACAGAGUGGCUCGGGAUCAAAUCUCUUCUAUUCUUUCAAUGUAGCCGGAGUGCAUGUCAUCAUGUUGGGUUCGUACACAGAUUUUGAUCCUAAAUCAGCACAGUUCAAGUGGUUAGAGGCAGACUUGCGGAAGAUUGAUAGGAACAAAACUCCGUGGACAGUAGUGCUUAUUCAUGCGCCCUGGUACAAUUCUAAUACAGCUCAUCAGGGUGAGAAAGAGUCGAUUUACAUGAAGGCGUCCAUGGAAGGGUUACUUUACCGAGCUGGUGUGGAUGUUGUUUUUGCCGGACAUGUACAUGCCUAUGAGCGCUUUACUCGCGUUUACAAUGGGAAAACUGAUAAUUGUGGUCCGGUGCAUAUCACCAUUGGAGAUGGUGGGAACCGCGAAGGCCUUGCCAGCAAGUAUAUAGAUCCAAAGCCCGAUAUAUCCAUUUUCAGGGAAGCGAGCUUUGGGCACGGGCAAUUUGAGGUGGUGAAUGCAACCCAUGCGCUCUGGACAUGGCACAGAAAUGAUGAUGACUCAGUAGUUUCCAGUGAUUCAGUAUGGUUUAAGAAGCCAUCAAUAUCUGACCCUGCUUGUAAAGUGAAAACCUGAAUUGUUUGCAAUACACGAGAGAAUCAUAGUACGUGUUUAAUUGCUAUGUUCCAUCGAAAUAUAUUUAAAGAGAAAGCUGAUAUCUUGGCAAUAGUAUUACAGAUACAGAUAAACGGGCAUGAGCCUAAUUGUUACCAAGGAAAUAUUCACUAUUGUUCUUCGAAAUCAAUUUCAGACAGUAGAUUGUGUGAUGAAUAAAAGUGUUGUACAUUAUAGCGUGUAUAUAUAAACGGAUUAGAUAUAUCUAUAGAUCAAUAUUGAGCAGUCUACAUUA